GGGGGGACGCCUUCGCCGUUUUCCCGGCUCAUCCUUUCUAGGCACAUGCCACACAGACACUCUUACGUUUCCGGCGCUCCGCGGGGCGCCACCCAUCCGGCGGAGGCCCCAUGGGGCCCUUCGUCCGCUUGCUGCCAGGGGCGCUGCUCCUCGCGCCCGCCGCGGGUGUCGGCGUGAGGAGGCAGACGCCAGAGGAGCUGGGGUUCACCGUCGGCGACGAGCCGUCGGGCAGCAGCGCGGAGGCUCCCAGCCGCUGGCCGACGAGCUUCGGCCACGACAGCUGCCUGGACCUGGGCGCCAAGGGCUUUCCCUUGCCGGUGUUCGACAUGCUGCGCGACGCCAACUGGGACCCGCAGCGGUACUUCGACGGGCUCCAGGCAAAGGGCUACGCAGAGGAUGCGCUGCAGCUUGUGGGCCCCGAGCGCGCCAUCAUGAAGUCAGACUGCAUGAGGCCGCGCGCUGCGUCCAGGAUCAAGCACAUCUUCGUCGGGGACUCCCAGAUGAUGACGCUGCGCAACGCGCUGCACAGGCUGAACAAGUGCCCGGAGAUCUUCUACAGCAACAGGACC